AUAAAAAUGUUUACAAAGGUAGAAACGUGUGAAUUCAUUUUAAAUUAUGUGUACCAGCUACACAAAAUAACGGAAGUUAGCACUAACAAAUACUAUCAUGUGUAAACAUAGGCAAAGUUUUGAAGAAAAUAUAUUAAGUAAGGUGCAUUGCAAGUGUUCUGCGGUUGCAUAACUAUUUGGAAUUUAGGACUAAAAGGAAAAGCAACUACAUAAAGAACGCCAUAAUUAAAACACGCAGUUGAUACAGCUCGUUCAGUCAGUAAAGGUCGGUAUGAAGCAAUCACCGUUUCUACAAAAUAUGAGAAAUCAUUAAUGAGUGUAAAUCCUAUCACAGAUUCGAUUAUUUUGAGCAUAAGUUUACAAACACAAAAUGUUGGAAAUAUAGAUACAAGUGUAAACGUGGAGCCAAUAUAUUUUAUCAUGACGGAGUGAUUAGCAGCGAAUGGUUGGGUGAGAAUAUAAUUUCUGAAAGACGUAAGACAAUUUAUUGGUAUUUUUAGAUAUUUUAAAAGAAUAGUGCACUAGCGUUUUAAAUAAUCAAACAGUUUUAGAUUUUAAAGCCGAAGGUUUAUACAUACAAUUCAGAUUUUCAAUGGCAAAUGUAUGGAAUAAAACCACCGCAAGUAAAAUUCUUUCACCGAUUUUUCCAUACGAAGAAAUUGGAAAUUCAACAUCAUUAGGAAAUUUAUCACGAAAGCAUUUUUCCCUUCUGGAAACAGCUAUUUUCGGCACAUGGAUAUCUAUUUCAAUGGUGUUUGCUAUUUUUGGCAAUCUCAUGGUCAUAGCAGUUGUUAUACGCCAUCGAGGCAUGCGGACUAGAACUAACAUGUUUUUAGUGAAUUUAGCCAUUGCAGAUUUUUUAGUUGGAGUUUUGUUAGCACCGUUUUCUCUGACAACAUUGAUAGCGAAGGAUUGGAUUUUUGGUGAUAUUCUAUGCUUUAUAAAUAGUUUUUGCAAUGCAGCAUUUCUUAUAACAUCUAUACAAACCUUAAUGUAUAUAAGUAUACACAAGUAUUUAUCUAUCACUCGCCCGCUAACCCAAAUAACAAAAUGUAAAAUUUUAAUUAUGAUUGGUGCUGCAUGGGGAUGGGCUAUUGUAUGUGCAUCACUCACAACGUUCAUUCUGAGUACAUCAAAAUAUAAAGAAGGAACGAUGCAAUGUGGACCUAAAUAUCCGACAUAUUCUACAAAAUCACUUACUUUCCAUUUCAUAAUUCAAGCAUCUAAUAUAUUUCUUCCGCUUUUUCUGAUGAUUGGGUGCUAUGUCCGCAUGUUUGCAGAGAUAAAGCAGCAUAUGCAGAGAUUAGAUGAGAAUACAGCACUAGACCGCAAUAUGAUUUUUAGUCAACAGAGGAGAGUAACCAUUACAUUAUUAAUUGUCCUUUCCUGCUUUGUAUUAUGUUGGAUACCGUACUGUGUUUACUCUAACUACGCAGCAUUCGUACGAGACAAGUCAACAAUACCAAGAUAUGCCAAUGCUAUUGCCUACUGUUUUGGCUAUAUGAAUUCCGCCUGUAAUCCUAUUAUAUAUGCUUGGCGUAGUCCGUCCUUUCGAGAGGGGUACAAGGAGAUAUUGUGUCAGGAACCAUCCUAUGUCGUGUCUGAUGAUAACAUAGAAGUAUUAUAUGACGAAAUAAACGGAUACCGUUUUAUGUUCAGAGAUACACUUCAUGACAGCUCCCCGGGGCCUCUCAGAAGACUGUCUACGAUGAUUCAUGCCUCAUUUCGGGGGUCGCGUCAUGGUUCCAGACGAAACUCAGACGAGUCUAUUCAUUCGUUACGGUUAGGCAGAACUAGUGUGACGUCACCAACAACUCUUUCUUCUCAUAAAUUAAUUCGCCAACUCACUUCAAAAACAGCAAAAGGUAGUUCUCUCAUCAGGAGAGAUGGUUCUAUCAUCAUGAUCAAAAAUGGAAAAAUCAUAUCAAUGAGACGCGAUCCAUCUUUUUCUAAAAUGCAAGACGAUGUUUUUCUUCCUUCUCCUUCUGAAACGACUCUUCAUUCAAUGGAAAUGUCUUACUCCAAUCAUUCUGCUUUGAACAAAGUAAAAGAGGAGAGCUUUGAAACUGAACCUCUAUUAAACGACGACAAAACUAGUCAACAAAUGACAACUGGAAAUGGACAUGUCAGUCAUAUUGCGACAUCACCUGACAAAAAUCAUAACAUGAAAAACCAUUCGAGUAUUCCUGAAUCUAAUAAAGCUAAUUUUUCACGGAAGCGACUGACACGAAUGGCUCGGGUGACAUCAAAUUCAGACGAUAACAUUGCUGUAAACACAUCAGAUUGUGAUAUUCAAAUUUCAAGUUUUGACCAUGAUUCCAGUCCGGAAAAUACAAAUGGCUUCAAAUUUCAUUCUAGUCAUCAAGACUAUAUAAAUAAAAUCCAUGACAGAAUAUAUACAAAUACCAUGAAAAGGGCAAGCAGUGAAACAAAUAUGAAAUUACAUAAUGCAGCAGCGAUAUCAACUUUUAACACUACUUCUAAAAGCUCAAAUAUUAUAUACAAUGUUCCAUAUUUAGAAUCAUCUCUUAGAAGUUAUAGUGACCUUCAUGAACAGUCAAGUUCUAGUGACCCAAAUAUGACAAAACAGGCGAUACCGCAGUAUCGCCAUAGGUAUACUGUAAGUAAAGAAAAUAUCAGAUGUAGUCCAAAGAAAUAAUAACAGGAUUUUAUAGUGUUAUAUGUGAAUUUUUAUAAUUAAAUGGCAUAAAAUGUAUGAAAGGGUAUCUAUCAUCUAAAUUUCUGUUUAGAAACGCAGGGUAUAUAGUAAAUGAAAAUAACACAAAUUUCACGCAUUUGUAAACCUGCGCAAUAAAAACACUGAAGUAUU